AUGGAUCUACCAAUAGAGAUUCUAUUUCAGAUAUUUGCGCACGUAUAUCCUCCUAACAUAAAGAAGGAACGGAGUGUGAUUCCUGUUCUGACGGCGAGGAGGAGACAUGACGCACGAAGAGAUGUUUUAUCGUGCUCACUGGUUUGCAAAUUCUGGAACGCCGUGGCCAACUAUAUCUUAUGGACCGAACCCGAAUUCUACUCGACUGAUUCUCUAAUUCGUUUUAUUUACGUACUGGGCAAUACAACAUCUCGCGGGAGUAUAGUUAAAUUACGCGACGGUUCGGACAAUGCAUGGCAAUCAAUACUCGACUAUAAUGAUAAAUCAAGUCCAGAUAAUCGAUUUUUAGUCCGUCGAUUAUCUUUUCGUCCCAAAGUAACAGAUACACAGCCUUAUUUUGACUGCCCGUUGACCAAAUAUAUCAACGACAAUCACGUUCACAUACUGGCUGAGCGUCUCCCAUAUCUAACCUCGAUUUCUCUCCGCGACUGCACUCAUGUGACUGAUAACUCGGUUAUUCACCUUGUGGCCGCAUGCAGCGAGCAUCUCCGUGACUUGGAUUUAACCAACUGUCUCCAUAUCACUGAUGCUACCGUGCAUGUUAUAGCGAGUGUUUGCGAGCGACUGGAGCAUUUAUCUUUACGUAGAUGUGGAAAGAUAACUGACAGUGGAGCAUGGAGGCUGAGAACAUUAUCGUUGAAAGCCAUAGAUUUGAGUUGGUGUAGGCGGGUGAGUGAUGCACCGAUUAGGCAUUUAGUAACUGGAAGGGGAACAUUGCAACGUGCAUUGAGACGGCAGGAGGAUGAGAAUGAAACGCGCAAUGUUGGAAACAUUCGGGAUGAAAAACGUUUGGAUGGUGGGAUAUCGGGUAAAGUAAAUAAUGCUAGACAUUUAGCGAAUGGGGGGAGAACGUUGUGGCAGCAAAAGGGAGAGGAAAAUGAAAAAUGUUUGGAUGAUGUGAUACUGAGUAAAGCGGGCGGAACGUAUAGUAGUGGGAUGGACGACAUAAGUGAGAAUAGACGAUGCGAGUUGGUGGAGUUAAGAGUUGCUGGAUGUCGUCGAGUGACUAGAGAAGGUCUUGUUCGGCUAGCAGAAGAGCUAUUUAUUCCCAGCCGUAAUCCAGAGAACAGAGUCAUACAGAUGGAGACUCUCGAAUUUUCUUGUCCAACAAGUAAAAUAUCAGGCUGUUUCAAGGACAUAACUCGUAUAUUUGAGAUACUCCCACAGACGUUAGUCCAUCUGCAUAUAUCUGAUGCGCGCUGCGUACCGAAUUAUGCAUUGCCUACUUUAGCAGGAUCAUGUCCACAGCUUAAAUCACUCAAAAUCACAGAUUGCCCGGCUUUAAAUGACGAAAUGUUGUCUUACCUUUUGGUAUCCAUGACUGAACUGGAGACAUUGAGUUUAAACAAAUGUCAGCAUCUCACAGACGAUGCGGUAAGUCAUAUUACCAAUUCGAAAUGCGCCUAUACUUUAGUCAAUCUGGACUUCUCCGAUUGCUAUAGUUUGACGAAUGUGGCUGUGGAUAGCAUGACGGCGGUAGCAAUAACAUCGUUGGCAAUGGCAUCGUCUUCGGCCGAACAACCGUUAAAAAAGUUUGCUCGUCUUUCUCGACUAUACUUCCAAAAUAACCAACGCAUUACCAUAGACAGCAUACUCCAUUUGGUUCGAGCGCUUCCCAAUCUAGAGGUUCUCGAUAUUUCCGGAUGCGGCGACGGGAUAACCACAUUCGCUGAAGCCAACGCUCAAGGCAACGUAAUUUUCAUGCCUGGUGAAUGGCCGCGAGAAAAUUUGAACGAGAUUGAUCGACUGGUGGAUGAGUAUCAUGAUAUUGAUUUAUAUCAACCUAGGCGUAGAACGUGGUUCUGUCGUGUGAGCGGAGAACGACUGGACAGAUUGAGAAAGAUGCCAAUUGGAGUGCCGAUUGAAAUGGACGGAGAGCAAAUAGAUGGAAUCGCAUAA